GAUGCCAGCUAGAGGGAACAGUCGCAAGUCUCGCAACUCGCACCUUCCACUGCAAGAUGAGAUCUUUCAUUGUUGUUCUCCUGGUGGCUCUGGUUUGGGCCGGGCCGGCUUUGGGUCGCACCAUGGACCGCUGCUCGUUGGCCCGGGAGAUGGCCAAGCUGGGCGUGCCGCGGGAUCAGCUGAGCAAGUGGACCUGCAUUGCCGAGCACGAGAGCUCCUAUCGCACCGGCGUAGUGGGUCCAGCCAACUCGGACGGAUCCAAUGACUACGGCAUCUUCCAGAUCAACGAUCGCUAUUGGUGCCAGCCGCCCAGCGGCAAGAAGUCGAGCAACGGCUGCGGCCUGAGCUGCAAGGCGCUGCUCUCGGACGAUAUCACCAAGUCGGUCAGGUGCGCCCAGAAGGUGCUCGGCCAGCAGGGCUGGUCCGCCUGGUCCACCUGGAAGUACUGCAGCGGCAAUCUGCCCAGCAUCGACGACUGCUUCAAAUGAGAUCGAAGAUCGAAUUUUGUGCCAUAAAUAAAGCCGUGUUAUCUUUCGGAUUGUAUAAUAGA